GGACAGAGGAUGUUACCAACCCUGUGAAGCCCCAUGUGACAAACUGUAUUUUGUAAAUGUGGGCUAUAUAAAUAAAAUUUGAUUUGAUUUGAUUUAGAACCUAGUACUAUCAAACUUUAAGAGUGGUAGAAUUGUAAGGCAAAUUGACUUGACUGAAUGUUUCUUUCUUUUAUUUCUUUGUGGGACAAUUAAUGCGCCUCUCCUUUUCUAAAGAUGUUCAAUUUAAAAAAGGAAUGAUGGGGUUGUUGUAGCAGUUGCUUAUUUUGACCUCAGUGUCAGAUUGAAAUUUAAAGUAGGCCAAUCGAUGGUUAAGGAAUAAAUGGAACCUCAGAAAUGUUGGAUGAAGCUCAUAUUUCAUUUUUCUGUCCACCUCUCCCGUUGGCUUCUGUGUCCUUCUAUUUCACCAGUGGGGUUUUUUCUGUUUCUUUUUCUCCUCCACAGUUCACUGAGCUCCUGAGGAGUCCUUCGCUGGCUUCUCCACAGCUCACUUUUCAGCCUCUACUUCAGCCUCCUCCUUUGCGUGAAGGUAACCUGCGGGCAUACUAAAUAGGCUGAAAGCUUCGGAGUAGACACGCGGAUACUUCACUGAUCAGUUCACUGAGCUCCUGAGGAGUCCUGUGUUGUCUUCUGGCAUUUUCAAGCUUACAGCUUGCUUUUCAGCCUAUGUCAGCCUCCUCCUCCCCCUUCUACUUUGUGUGAAGAUAACCUGUGAGCAUUACUAGAUGGACUGAGAGCUUCAGGGCAGACAUGCUAGUCCUUUACUGAUCUGAUGUCGUUGGAGGGUAAAGGUUAUGCAGAGGGGGUUUGUGAAUGACGGAUUUGUUUUAGCUCAGCUUAAUGUUUCAACACAAAAUAAUAAUUGUCAUUAUGGGAAUUAAAAGUCAACUGCAAAGGCUCCAGAAAAUGUUAUCAAAGCAGACUGUUUUUCUGGAAUUUACCAUAAGUUUCUGAUUUGUUUAUAUCACCUGCUUACAAAACUAGGAACUAAGGCUUCCAACUUAUAACUCCAACAGUUUCAGCCCUGUGACUUUAUCUUUCACUUUCGGCUGGUUUUGUUUGAUGACUUUUAUUUUUUGUUUUGCACAGAUCACUGCUGUUCCAGCCAGUGAAAAAGCCAUGCUUAUGUGGUUCCCUAAUGGCAGUAUCACAACCACCAUCGCCUCAAUCCAAUCACAGAUGAUGUUUGUUGUGGCCCUGGCUGUGUUGCUGUGUCCUUUGGACUUUGUGACAGCUCAGGGAGAAAGCCAGAAUCUGUCUCCUGCCCAGGUGUUGCAGGACCUGUUGGCCAGAUAUGGUGACAACACCACCAUCACAGUGCCCCAGCUACGAUCUUUGCUGUCCCUUCUCAGCCAGGAUCAGGCUGAUGGUAUCAGUGGCAGCAAUGUGGCUAACACAACUAACAGGACCCUACCUAAAUCCAACAGCUCCAAGUGCUUGCCCUCGGACACAUUGGCUAUUUACAGCAUAAGUGAGCAGUCACGGCUGGACGGACAAGGUUUGCAGGAGCUUUGUCCAACCAUGCUGCAGCAGCUUGGUGCUGGUACCUGCAGGAUGCAGACAGAUAAGAUGUCGAGCAGCGACACCUCCCCCAGGCCCUCAGAUGCUGAAGGUGAGGACGGCUUUGGAUUUGACCCCAUGGUGGAUUUUUAUGUAUCAAAAUCUGCAGUGGUGUUUGGAGGCUUUUACCUUUUCUUCUUCACUGAAAAGGUCGUGAAAGUGCUUCUCAAACGGAAACAUGGGAGCCACGGCCAGAGUCAAUUUCCAAGUGCACCUGAGAGGGACUUGGAGGAUGGUGAGAAGGAGAAGCUCCAGCAGAAUGGAGAAGCAAAUAGUCUGCCUGUCAGCAAGGUGGAUGCAGGAGAGGGUGAACUCAUGCUCAGUCCUGCACAGACACCUCAGGACUCUCAGAGCACAGAUGGCGGGGGGCGAUCUGGAGGCAGAGGCUGCUAUUGGUUAAAGGGGACCAAUUAUUCAGACAUCAGUACGCUGGCGUGGAUGAUCACAUUAAGUGAUGGUCUGCAUAACUUUAUCGAUGGUCUGGCCAUUGGGGCUUCCUUUACAGCCUCUGUCUUUCAGGGCAUCAGCACCUCUGUGACCAUCCUGUGUGAGGAGUUCCCCCAUGAGCUGGGGGACUUUGUGAUUCUUAUGAACGCUGGCAAGCAGCAGGCUCUAUUCUUUAACUUCCUAUCAGCCUGUUGUUGUUACCUGGGUAUGGGUUUUGGCAUUUUGGCCAGAAACAGCUUUUCCCCAAACUGGAUCUUCGCACUUGCAGGAGGAAUGUUUCUCUAUAUUGCUUUGGCAGACAUGGUAAGUAAAAUAUAAAAGCCAUUUAUGUAUCAGUGUUUUAUUCUAUGGACUGCAGCUGAACUAAACAUUACAGCUAUGGCCAACAACAGUAACAUACCUAACUUUGACUCAUGCAACAGUGCCAGACAAUAGUCAGACAAGAUUCUGCUGUAGGAUCAACAACUAUUUCCGUUAUAACAGCUAUUUUUGGUUGUGCAGGAUACGCCCUUUGAAGCUGUGGUGUAUUUCACUAAAUAACACACAGUAGACAGACAGCACUCCUGCUGCACGUUCGUUCUUUACUCUGCUCAAACAAGAAUUGAAUACAGAUAUCCCAGCAUUCCCUAGCUAGGCUGAGACGAUUGGGCUACGGCACAACCAAGUUACCAAAAUACUUAAAUUCAAAAGUUUAAUACAUCACAUCACCCCCCUUUUUAAAUGAAAGUACUCUUUUGCUACACUAAUAUAAACUUAAUAAAUCAGUGCAUUAUUACUCAAACCAGAAAGUGUAACAGAUGUCAAUGUAACAAACAUCUUUUUUUUUUUUUUUACACUGUGCUAGAACAGUGUUAAUUAAAAACAGUCCAUUUGACCCUUAGUCCAAUAAUGAACCUAAUUAGCAAAAAUAACUGAUCUGGAUGUUAAGGGUCAUAGCCCUCAGGAGGCUUCCUCUCUCUGGCUGAGCGACGUAAGUUUUGAGAUGCAGUUGGCACCUCAUCACUGUCCCUGUGCACAUCAUCUGCUGACAUGUCCUGGAUCACACUGUCACAUAUGUCUGUUCAGAAACAAGUCUGCGGGCGACUGGCCUGUAGUGCAAUUUGGAGUACAGCGGUACUGCAUCAGGAACACAGAGAUCUUGUCCUCCAAGCUUUUUAAUUACACUUCUGUCUGCACAUACCUUUCGUCGAGACCAUUACUGGCAGGGUGACCAGGGGCGCUGGUCGAGUGCAGAAUUCCAUUUUGCCACAUGAAGGUCUUAAAUUCUUCAGACGUGAAUUGCGUUCCGUUGUCCGUGACAACGUGCUCAGGAAGACCAUAUGCUGCAAACAGUCUCCGUAAUCUUGUGACGGUGGCUUGCGAAGUGAUGUUGGGCAUUCUGAACACCUCCAGCGACUUGGAGUAUGCAUCCACCACUAUCAUUAAAGAGUGACCUAAGAAUGGACCGGCAAUGUCUAUGUGUAGUCUUUUCCAGCUCUGGCCCGGAAACUCCCUUGGGUGAAAUAGCACCUGUCGAGGCAUCCGCUGUUCCAUCUCAAGGUAUCUGGCAAUACUCACAAGCUUUGCAGACCUGCUCUAGAUCUACAUCAAUCUUAGGCUGCCACACAUACUUGCGUGCAAGGGCUUUCAUCUUUACAACACACUGGUGACCAGAAUGCAACUCUUCUAACACAAUUUUCCUUUGUUUCUCAGGUAUCACUACCUGGGUGCCCCAAAAGACACAUCCACACUCAACAGACAGUUUACAUCUGCACGUGUGGAAGGCUUUCAGGCUUGUAUCCACGUCAUUAGGCCAACCAUUCACGAUGAACUUCAGAACCUUUGACAGCGUGUUGUCUGUAUAUGUACUGUAGCGCGCACUACUUGGUCAGCGUUCAAUGGUGCCUGCUCUAGAUGUUGCAUUAGCAGUGCGUGAAUGCUCUCAGAUAUGGCUGCUGUCCCUGCAUCGCUUGUUUCCGGCAAGGGAACUCUCGGAAGUCCAUCUGCAUUGCUGUCUUUUCCUGAUGCACAGUACUAAAUUGUAUAAUCAUAAGCAGACAGUAUAAUUGCCCAUCUUUGAAUUUUAGCUGCAGCCAUAGUGGGUAGACAUUUGUGCUCUCCAAAAAGAGUCAGCAGGGGCUUAUGAUCAGUCACUAGUUUAAAUUCCCUUCCCCAUAAAUACUGGUGAAACUUUUUAACACCAAAUAUCAAUGACAGUCCCUUUUAUUCAAUUUGAGAAUAGUUUUUCUCAGCAGGGGCCAGCGUCUGUGACGAAUAUGCAAUCGGCCUCUUUUCUCCUGAUGGCAUUUCAUGUUGAAUGACAGCCCCUAUGCCAUAAGCUGAUGAAUCGCAAGCCAGUGUAAGAGGUACGUCUGGAUGAUAGUGUACCAGAACCUUGUCAUUCGUUAACAACUUCUUGCACUGUUCAAAAGCCUUUUGCUCAGGUCUCUUCCACUCGCACUCUACCUGAUCUUUCAACAGUCUGUAGAGCGGAGCUAGCACUGUGCUUUGGUUUGGCAUGAAUCGUCCAUAGUAAUUCACUAGCCCCAAAAAAGCUCUCAGCUCUUUCACAGAUGAGGGCGCUGGUGCAUCCUUGAUUGCCUUUACCUUGUCUGGAGACAGAAUGCCUUGGCUGUUCAAUACAUGACCCAGAUAUUCAAUCUGCUUUUUCCCAAACUCACAUUUCGAUUUCUUCACCUUCAAGCCACAUUCUUGGAGUCUCUGUAACACCUUUUGCAAAUGGUCAUGUUCAGUUUUUCCAGUUAUUAGCAAGUAAUCUAAAUAAACAACUACAUCCAGAUCUUUCAUGGGGUUCUCCGUGAUGUGUUGGAAAAUGGAGGGGGCAGAGCUAACUCCAAAAGCUAGCCUAUUAUACAUGAAUAGACCUCGAUGUGUGUUGAUGGUCAGUAGCUUCUUUGACUCAUCCUCCAGAAGGACUUGCUGAUACGCUGAGGCAAGGUCAGUCUUUGAGAAUAUUUUCCCUCCACUUUAGAGUGGCCAUCAGCUCCUCAAUUCAAGGUAGGGGGUCUCUGUAGUGGCAGCUUGAUUGACAGUAAAUUUGUAAUUUCCGAACAAGCGAAUUGUGUUGUCUCUUUUUACUACAGGUACCACCGGUGCAGCCCACUCGCUGUGUUUAACCGGUGUGAUUAUGCCUGCCUUCUCCAGUCGGUCAAGUUCAGCAUCCACCCUAGCCUUCUAGGCCAUGAAAGAUUCUUGUUAUAUUUCAAUCUGGGUCACAGCACCAGUUUUAAAGAUUAUUGGUAUAAUCAAUCCGGUUCACGGCUCAGUUGAACGAUUUGGCCCUUCGUUCUUGAGCACAACACCAGUUGGAGGAUUUUCUUGGUGAUUUCCCGGUGAUUUAUUGUCCAGUCCAUUCUUUCCACCUGCCCGGAGGGUUGUGGAUGAUGCAAACAUUGGCAGUAGUCCUCACACCCAGCAUGGGUGUUUUGCAAGAUGGAUUUCAUCGUCAUCAUCAUCAUCAUCGGGAUUGUCAUCAUACGCUUAGUGCAUCUGGCAGGUGUUGGUCUCAUCUCACAUCCUGUUGCCUCCUUGUGUUUUUGUCUGUAACAAACACAAGAGAAGCAUGGCAGUACACAUUCAUCCACAAACAUUUGCAUUUCUAUUUGCAUUUCAAUCCCUGAAAGAGAUU